GUUGUGCAAUGUAUUACUCCUGGUGACUGGAGGGAGGUAAGGGAGCAGCUGAACCUUGUGAUCAAAACACUGUACUCCCACCUACCUGACGUUCUCAUAAUGUUGGUACUCGUGUUAGGAGAUCUCCACAUUCCCCAUCGUGUUGGUUCGCUGCCGGCAAAAUUUAAGAAGUUACUAGUACCAGGUCGUAUUCAACACAUCCUAUGCACAGGAAACCUCUGCACCAAGGAGAGUUAUGACUACCUCAAGACCCUUGCAGCAGAUGUUCAUGUUGUUAGAGGAGACUUUGACGAGACCAGUUAUCCAGAACAGAAAGUGGUGACAGUUGGACUGUUUCGUAUCGGUAUGUGUCAUGGGCACCAGGUAGUGCCCUGGGGGGAUCCUGCUGCUCUGUCUCUCAUUGCAAGGCAGUUAGAUGCUGAUAUCCUAAUCUCAGGUCACACACACAAGUUUGAAGCAUUUGAAGCUGAAUCUCGAUUCUUUAUCAACCCUGGAUCUGCUACAGGAUCAUACAGUGCACUGGAGGGAGAAAUCACACCAUCAUUUGUACUAAUGGACAUUCAGAGUUCCACAGUCGUUACUUAUGUCUAUCAACUGGUUGGGGAUGAAGUCAAAGUGGAAAGAAUAGAAUAUAAAAAAGCAAACUAGGCAGUAUCCUAAGUGAUAGGUCAGUGAGUGCUGCAGUGAAGCAAGUGAUAGCCAGGCAGCCUGUGGAAGACUUGUGCUGGCACCACCCAAAAAUUCUUGACUUGAUAUUGAUCUGUGCUGCUGAUAUCAUAUGGGUCUCUAUAAGAAUUCAUUAGGUUGGUCUGUUUUGUCAUGUUGUGGUCAAGAAGGAUAUGGUAGACUGAUGCACUAAACAAACUAUCUUUAAGUUUGUAUGAUUUAUACUGUAUAUCUUGAUUAUGUUGAAAUAAUUAUGUAUUUUAAAACUAAUAUUUCUGUUUGUCAAUCUGCCUAUAUUUCUAUGAGUUGUAUUUGAUUUUCGUCCAAAUGCAGUGUAAAGUUGGUAGAUAAUUAUCUUGAUAUAGGAAACUGUCAACUUGAAGUUUCUUAAAAAAAAAUAAUUCAUGUUGAUUUUAAAGAUACUGUAGUAAGUUUGGUUGAGUAGUUAAAAUGCCAGAGUUUUUAUAGUAAGAUUUUAUUUGAGAGAGACUGUUGUUCGCCAGUUAAGGAACACAGGUAAUCUAUGUUGAUAAUGUAAGAACAUGUAUAGUAUUUAUGCCAUAAUUAUAUUAUAAUUUUUCUUAGAAUUGGA